AUGGACGAUCUGACUUACCACAGCAAGCAGGCUCGGCGCGAGACUGUGCAGGGCCUGCACGAGGCGUUCAGUAAUCUCACCCGUCUCGAAAUUGUGGGAAAAGUGUCCAACAGUCCGGUGUACGUGCUCGUCAUCUCUCGGACACCACGGCGUCAGUUCUUAGUGCCGCGCGUACACCUGCUGGCCGACUUCCCGGCUGGCAGCGAGCUGCUGAUUAGGUUGGCGUCGUACCUUUUGCACGAAUACAGCCGAGACGAGGCCGUAACACGUGUCGUCAACAGCAGCGAGAUCCACAUACUAUUCUGGCUCGAGCCAGUCACCGUCAGCGAAAAUCCCAAGGAUGACUGCUCGGGCGAUGACCAGAGUCGUGAGCUGGGAGGCUUCCCGGACUAUUUCGAUGAGAAGUCCGAGAAGCUCGCUGAACAGUCUCACAACAUUCCUGAGCAGGUGCAGCUGGCGAUGCAGUGGCUCAAGCGUGGCAGCUUUGUGCUGGGUGCGCAUGUACGCGGCGGCGACGGUGGUAUCGCCGUUGCCUAUGGCUUCCACAACAGCGUCAAGGAUCCUCCCAAUGAGGCUCCCGAUGAGGACGUGCUGCGCAACCUGUCCAUCAGCUAUGCGAAUCACCACCCUGAAAUGAAAAAGGGCACGUCUAGCUGUCCCGGCGGUCGCCUGGGCGGCUUUCCUGGCGGUGUUAUCAACGCCGCAGCAUGGAAGAAGAGGCCCGGGCUGAUGCAGGACUACGCGUACGUGCGCGAAGGUACCCUCACGGUGGACAUAGCAAUAUCCUGCUGCAGGAUUCCCAGCGAGGGAACAUUGCGAAAGUUGUGGAAGGAGAACAAGGACGCCAUUAUUCAUUUGCUGAGCCAAGUUCAACGUGCCGUCCGAGGUUACGUCAAGGGUCCUGAUGGAACUCACAUACCGGGAGCCUUGCUGACGGUCCGCGAACGAAACGUGGGAUUCAGGUCCACCGACCAAGGGGAGUUCUGGAGACUAUUGCAGCCCGGCAGCUACACUUUCGUGGUCAGUGCCAAAGGCUAUCUGCCGACGGCGGUGAGGGUCAGCGUGCCCGAGCAUGCACAGCACGAUGCGCCCCUCGCAAUAGUCAUGAGGCCGUCUCUGUACCCAAUCAAGAUCCUCCCAAUCGACAGCUACAGCACGGAGAAGACGCAACCCAAGAAACGCGACAGCAGUACAGACACGGCGUCCGCUGACAGCGUCGUGGCCGGUUACGGCUGGUUCAUGCUGCUGCCCACUCUUGCUCUGUGGGUCAUCGCGGCUUGA